GACAGACAAGCAAAGUAUACUUUUUGGUGCAACACAAGCAAAGUAUAGUUGAGAGCUUGAACAGAACCUUCAGGCUUUGGAGGUUGUGUUUGGAAAAUUAGGCGAGAUGAGGGAUGAUGUGAAAAGGGAGGUUCAUCAAGGAAAUGGUUGCAAGUUAGUGUUCACUGCUUGUUUCUUUGAUGUGUAUCGCAAAACGAAGGCUCAGAAGGAUAUUAAAGAGAAUUGUUUAAAACCAGAAGAAUCAAGGGAACGGUUUCAGGGAGUGGUUGGUGAAGAAACUCUGGGUGAUCAUCCAAAUAUUACUAGACUAGCAGAGAGAGUGGUUGAAGAGUGCGGUUUGCCUCUUGCUCUUAUUACAAUGGGACGAUCUUCCGAGAAGAAACCUGAAGAAUGGGAACAUGCAGUUGGAGUUUUGAGAGAAUCGGCAGGUGGUUCUACUUUUACAGGCAUUGGAUUGGACAAAGAGAUGUAUGAUGUUUCGAAGUUCAGUUACGAUAAUCUGCCUGAAUCCACAUUCAAGUCCUGCUUAUUAUACCGUAAGCCUACUUUAACAAAAAUGAGCUCAUUGAUCACUGUAUUGGUUAGGGGCUUGUCACUUGUAGAUGAAUGUGAUAGCAUUAGGGGUCGAAUUUACGGUUACGUUAUUAUUGGUUUUCCUCUUGAUGCAUGUUUAUUAGAACAGGCUGACUUCUCUGGAAAUGUGAAAAUGCAUGAUGCAUAGCCCGGAAGGAAUUUCCAGGGUUAGGCUGAAAACU